AUGAGGAACCAAUACUUGUUACUUUGGGUUUUAGGUGUUUUGUUGGCUUUAAUCAAUAGUGUUGUUUCAAAUCCAGAAUAUCUUCGUUUAGGAAAACAUGAUGAACAUGAUCACAUAGGCCAAAUGGAACAGCCAUUGUCAGGAAUUCAAAUCCACAAUACCGUUCUAGCUCUUAGUAAAUCUGCCUCCAUUGAAGUUGAAGGACCUAUGAUUCUUGGCUCUGAGGGUGAAGAUGUUGAAUGGGUUACAGUAAACCUUGAGAAUGCACAGCCCUCAAACGAUGAUUGGGUUGGAGUAUUUUCUCCUGCAGAGUUCAACAAAUCUAUUUGUCCUCCAGAAACAAUUAAAGAACGAAAAGAUGGAGCUCCAUUUAUCUGUACAGCCCCCUUAAAGUUCAAAUUUGCAAAUUACAGUAAUGACAAGUACACAGUGACUGGGAAAACAUCACUAAAAUUCAGGCUAAUUAACCAGCGUGGUGAUUUCUCAUUUGCCUUGUUCUCUGGUGGUUUGGUUACUCCUAAGUUGAUAGCCGUCUCAAAAUACGUCGCAUUUUCCAAUCCGAAAGCCCCUCUUUAUCCGCGUCUUGCUCUUGGGAAGUCAUGGGAUAUUAUGACUGUUACUUGGACAAGUGGCUACAAUAUCGAUGAGGCUGUUCCAUUCGUCGAAUGGGGUUGGAAGGGCCAUGCUCAACAACGCUCCCCAGCAGGGACACUGACAUUUCACCGGAACAGCAUGUGUGGACCGCCUGCUAGAACUGUGGGCUGGCGUGACCCUGGAUUCAUACAUACAAGUUUCUUGAAAGAUCUGUGGCCAAAUGUCGUGCACACAUACAAGUUGGGGCAUUUAUUAAGAAAUGGUUCAAUUGUUUGGAGCAAGCAAUAUUCAUUUAAAUCUCCUCCAUUUCCAGGACAAGAGUCACUGCAACGCGUUGUGAUAUUUGGAGACAUGGGGAAGCAAGAGCGCGAUGGUUCAAAUGAAUAUGCUAAUUAUCAGCCUGGCUCUCUUAUGACAACUGACACUCUUAUUGAGGACCUUGAUAACAUUGACAUAGUUUUCCUUAUUGGAGAUCUCCCCUACGCAAACGGCUACAUCUCACAAUGGGACCAAUUUACAGCACAGGUGGAACCAAUAACAUCUAAAGUACCCUUCAUGAUUGCAAGCGGUAAUCAUGAAAGAACUUGGGAGAACAGUGGAUCAAUAUACAAUGGCCGUGACUCUGGUGGAGAAUGUGGUGUCCCAGCCGAAACAUUAUACUAUGUUCCAGCAGAAAACAGAGCUAAGUUCUGGUAUACAGCAGAUUAUGGCAUGUUCCGAUUCUGUAUAGCAGACACUGAGCACGAUUGGAGAGAGGGAUCUGAACAAUACAAGUUCAUUGAGCAAUGCUUUGCGUCAGCCAAUAGACAUAAACAACCUUGGUUGAUUUUUGCUGCGCAUCGUGUCCUUGGUUAUUCGUCUAAUGCCUGGUAUGCAACGGAAGGAUCAUUUGAAGAACCCAUGGGAAGGGAGCACUUGCAAAAGCUCUGGCAAAAGUACAAGGUUGAUAUGGCAUUCUUCGGGCACGUCCAUAACUAUGAAAGAGUUUGCCCAAUUUACCAGAAUCAAUGUGUAAACAAGGAAAAAUCACACUACUCGGGCAUAGUGAACGGGACAAUUCACAUUGUUGCUGGUGGAGGAGGAAGUCAUUUGAGUAAAUUCACUACCAUUAACACCACAUGGAGUGUAUUCAAAGAUUAUGACUUUGGAUUUGUCAAACUUACGGCAUUUAACCAAUCUUCCCUUCUCUUUGAGUACAAGAAGAGCAAAGAUGGUAAAGUGUACGAUUCUUUUACGAUCUCAAGAGACUAUAAGGAUGUCUUAGCUUGUGUCCAUGAUGGCUGUGAACCAACUACUUUGGCUAGUUAAACGCAUGUGUCUAAGUGUUUGUAGCAAGGAAGAAAGUACUUUUGAGUUCUUUUGUUCUUUCUAGAUUUAAUCAUCCGGUAUCUGAUGCCUACUGGCACGACUUAUCUAGAUUCGUGCCACCGGAUAAGCCCACCUAAGGGGCUAAAGAGUAUCUGAAGUCUCUUAUUUUGUUUCCUUGGUUGUCUUAUUGGCUCCUAUUAAGUGGAUGCA